UGUGUUUAUUUAUAAUUAUAUGAAUGAAUGCAUGACUUUUUUGCUUGAUUUUGUUUUGUGCUGGUAUUAUUUCUGGGUAUUUGUUAAAUUUUUUGAUGUUGUUGUAUAUAUUUAGCUUGUUAAUGGGUUAUAUAUGGCUUGAAACCUAGAUAAUUUCUUGAUUAGGGUUUUUUUGUUGCUUUGCAUUUGAAGAUUUGGCUUCUUGUUAUUAAAAGAAGUUUUUUUUUAUUGGAAAAGUUCACUUGUAUGAUCUCACAUCGAACAAUUUGAGAAAGGUUGACUAACAUAUAAUUUAAUGGGCUACUCCAUCUAUAACAAAUUGAUUUUAGGAUGAAACCUCAUCAGUUUGUUUUGUGUGCAGUCAACUCUCCUCUUGUGUGGUCUUGUGUACAAACCCAACUUUAUCAGUAUUUUUGUUGAUGUGGUUGUGCACUUGAGCUCAUUAUAGAAGGGGUAGAGUAAUUGUUGUGAGGUAGUGGAUUAAUUGAUUAGAGGAAGAAGAUUAAAAUAACAUUCAAAAAAGAAACAAACAAGCAAGAAAUACUUGCAACUUGCAAGAUGUAUGGGUGAUUUUUUUGCUCUUUCUAAACCAACAAAAAGUUGAUUUACUUAUGUAAUUCAACAUUACAACAUCAAUUACAAGAACUUUUUUUAGUCAAGUGUUUGCCUCUCACAACUAGAUUUUAAUCUAGCACAAUUUCUUCUCACUUUCUCAUGGUUUUUCUAAAACCCUAGAAUAGAGGGUCGCCUUUCUCCUCCUCUAAUCUUUUUCUCUUCACUAACCGAUUUAUAGGCCCCCAAAAUCAGAGGAAAGACUCCUUAAAACCCUAAGAUAGAAAACAUUAUCCAAUUCGCAAUUAAAGUAUUCUCUCGGGAGAUCAAUCAAUUAGUUCAAAUUGAAUCAUCCAAUCUUUGUGACUUGCCUAGAGUGCCCUAAAAUAGAAACAUUUUCUUUGAGAAAUACUCAGACAUUAGAAAACUUGUUUACAUUGUUUUAUUUUACUCGAUCGUAGUGAAAAUUAGGAAUAUUUUGGACAACAACGUAAAAAUAGCAAUUUCGGAACAAUCAUCUAAUUUGAAACGUGUUUAGUUUAACCACCUAACUUUACGAUUCUUUCAAUAAACAAUUACCCAUUGCAACCAGUUUUGACAAUUCUUCACGUGGCUCUCCCUUUCAUGUUUCUCUUCAAUUUCACUGCAAUGUGACCAUAAGACCCCAUUCUAUUUCCACCCUUUUCUUCAAUUUUCCACCUUAAAAUGCUUCAUCGUCAAUCACCAAAUAAAAUUGGUUCAUGGAAGAGAUGAAGGCUUGCAUUCAUUGGCAAGGGAGUAAGUUUGUGUUGGACAUGCAAAGAAGAUGAUUUCUAUGGUUUUUCAGAACUAUAGAAAAAGUUUUGAUUUGAAGGACAUAGCUAAAGAAGAUAAGGAGAUGCCAACUUUGCAAGGACUUGACAUUGGGUUAGGGGAGAUGAGGCUUUAACUAAGUGUUCGUCAAGAAGGAAACAGUGAAGUCAAAAGCCAACAUAAAUUUAUUCAGCUUGAAGAGCAACUACUCGUCACCAGAUUAGCACCCAACUACUAGUAGAGUUAGAAGAAGAAUUUGAAGAUAAUAUUUCGCGUGUGGAUGACGAUGGUUGGAAGUUAGAUGUGGAGGAAUUCGAUACAUCCGUGAUUCUUGAGGUGUAUCUAAGAUGGGACCGCAACUUUGAGCAUCUCCUUGAAUACAAAGGAAUUCAUAAAGAGCCAAUGUACAAGCCAAAUAUUAAAUCAUGGGUAAAAUUUAAGUGGCUUAUGCGAAAAAGUUUCAUGCCAUCGAACUACCAGAAAAAAAAAUGUACAUUUGUUAGGGUUCAUCACGCGAAGAUAGGCAUGGAGUGGAAGACUAUUUGUACUUGGGAUUGAGCAGUUGACAUAAAAUGCCAAACUGAUGAGAAGGAAGAACUAAAAUUGGGUGAUUUCAUUGGAGGGCUUGGUGUGAUCUCUAUGUGAGCAACUUGAACCUUGUUCUUAUUUAACAUUUGAUGGAGCAUGUAGGUUAGCAGCAACAUUUUACAGGCAACAUGAGAAGGAGGUUUCUUUUAGUUAGUUUGCGAAGGGCAAUUGAAAAUAUGGAAUCGAGGCGCAUUGCAUCACUAAAUGAAGUUUUAGUGCUUGAGAGUUGUUUUACUAUUGGCGAUUGAACUUUGAGUUUAUAAGUUUGGUGUUUUCGAGUUUCAAGCAGUGUAAAAACAAGGCUGCUUCCCAUCAAAGGUUUUCAAAAAUAACGAAACACUACUUUUCCGUAUUGUAAAGGUGUAACAAAACCGUGUUUUGGGCCGUAUCAAGGGAUAUCUUAUGAUUUUGACAGAUAUUUAGGCGGUACGAUAACCGCAUAACUGUCGUUACCGCAUCACUGUUACGUUACUAGAUUCGCGAAUUGAACUUGUCUACAACAAAAGAGAUGUCAGAGCAUUUCAAUAAGAAGUCAGGGUUAUCCAGAAGCAUUCCCCUUGGAAGCUUUAAUGCCAUGUUUAAUUUUAGUGGAAACGCACAAGCAGAUGCAGCAUCUACUAAGUCUCUUGCAAUGCUGGGCUAUUUCAUUCCCUUGUACCGACUUGAAUUGAAAACUAGAUUAACAUUAAAGGAUGAAAUUAAAGCUUUUGUCCCUUAUUCUUGGGAUCCUCCGGCAUUGGCAAGUUUCAUCGAAAAUUUUGGUACCCAUGUCGUUAAAUCUACAACAAUUGGUGGGCGGGAUGUAGUUUAUGUCCGGCAGGACCAAUCAUCACUUUUGUCAGUAUCGGACAUUGAAACUUAUAUGAAAGACAUUGGGGAACAGAGGUUUUCUGACUUGAGAGGCCAACCUAGUGCUUCCCCACUGAAAUACAAGGACAAGGAUGUUACUGUUAUUUUUAGGAGGAGAGGAGGGGAUGAUCUUGAACAGAGUUCCACCAAGUGGGCAGAGACCGUAAAUUUAGCACCGGAUGUAAUUGAGAUGAAAUUUGAACCUAUCGUGUCUCUAAUUGAAGGCGUGCCGGGUCUAAAGCACUUAGCCCAUGCUAUUGAGUUGUAUUUGGAGUACAAGCCGCCUCUUGAAGAUCUACAAUACUUCUUAGAAUUUCAAAUGCCACGAGUCUGGGCUCCCGAACAUAGCAACAUACAAAGAAAGGAGCCUGUUUGCCCGUAUCUUCAAUUCAGUUUGAUGGGUCCCAAGCUUUACGUAAGCCCUGAGCAGGUUACAGUAGGGCGUAAACCAGUCACCGGUCUGAGGCUUAGCCUUGAAGGUUCCAAGCAAAUUCGGCUAGCCAUCCAUCUUCAACACCUAGUAUCACUCCCGAAAAUCCUCCAACCGCAUUGGGAUUCCCACAUGGCUAUCGGUGCACAAGUAUGGAAAGGACCCGAGGAACAAGAUAGCCGUUGGUUCGAACCGAUUAAAUGGAAGCACUUCUCUCAUGUAAGCACCGCUCCGAUAGAAUAUAAAGAGACAUGCAUUGUCGAUCUUUCUGGUGUACAUAUCGUAACGGGAGCUCAGCUUGGAGUUUGGGAUUUCGGUGCUAAAAGUGUUUUAUAUCUCAAACUCUUAUUUUCCAAGGUACCGGGUUGUACUAUAAGGCGGUCUGUAUGGGAUCACAGCCCGACAAACCUCGCCACAUUACAUAAAGCCGAUGGGUCUUUGACUGGUGAACAAACUGCAGAUGAUAGGAAAUUAGAUAGCACUGGUGCUGUUGCAAAGCUCGCAAAACUAGUUGACUCGACAGAAAUGUUUAAAGGACCGCAGGAUUCGCCUGGUCACUGGUUAGUAACCGGUGCAAAGCUCGGCGUUGAUAAAGGGAAAAUUGUUUUGAGGGCCAAGUAUUCCCUUUUGAAUUACUGAUGUUCUUUUCUCUGUUAUUUUAGAGAUGCACCAUUUUUUGUAGUCCUGUAGUCAUCUGUCGAUGAUUGAUUGUAUAUUCGUAAUAAGCGAUGUUCCCUUUACAAUUCUUGAGUUGCGUUUGCUAUUAAAAUUGGAUGAUUAGAUUUUGUUAGAA